AUGGCCCAGCACGGCUUCACCCAGUUUGGGUCUGGCCCAAAUGGCGGCCACAUCGACCCCAAUGACCUGGCCAUGUCGGGCGGAUACUCCUCCCCGUCCUUUGCCAAUACCAACUUCAACACAGCUUCCAACACCAACGGCUUCUCCAGCGGCUCUGCCGUCUUCGCCGAUGACGAGCUGCUGGAUGGCCUUCCUUCAGACGGCCAGUCCGGCCUUCAUGGCCAGGGCCAAGACUUCCAUGGCAUGAACAUGGGCUACCAAAACACCUUCCAGUCGCACCGCGGCUCUUCCCUCCAGAUCGACCCGUCACACAUCAACGGCUACUCCAACACGCCCGAUGGUGAUCCCAUCCAGAGCCCGUACGCCUACAACACCCACUACCGCGCCCUUGGCAACCCCUUGCAGUCUCCGCUGUCCUACUCGCAGUCCCCGCUGGCCGCCGCUGACAUGGCGGACGGAAACGACCCAAACUUCCUCAACGCCAAGGCGAGGGCCCGGAUGUCCCAGCAGAUGCAGAGGAAAGCCUCCAACACCAGACACCCAAUGACCCCCAAGACCAACAGCAUGCACAGCAUCCCCAUCGGCAGUGCCCAAGACUCUCCCGGCUUUGGCCCGCAGUCUCUGCGGACGGACAAGUCGCCCUCUGGCCAUUGGCUCAACACCCCCAGCGGAAGCAUUCCGGCCUCGUUCAACUCUGGCUUUUCAUCUCCCAUGCAGCCAAGCAUGGUGCAGAUCAACGAGGUCAUGAUGAAGGGGGGCACCUCCAUGCCAGCCAAGCUCGGCGUGGGCAACGCCAUGUCCACCCAGGAGAUGAAGCGGAAGCGCCGUCGCGAGUCCCACAACCUCGUGGAGCGCCGCCGCCGUGACAACAUCAACGAGAGGAUCCAGGACCUCAGCAGGCUCGUGCCCACACAUCGACUGGAAGACGAAAAGAUUCGCAAGCUCAUCUCCAACGGCACGCCCCUGUCGCCCACCCUCACCGGCGUGUCAAGCGCUACCUCUGGGCUUGCCGGACCCGGUGCCAGGAGGGCUGCCGGCGCUGGCGCUGGCAAUAUCACGACUGGCCUGCCCAUUGAAGACAAAGACAAAGGCCCCAACAAGGGCGAUAUUCUCAACGGCGCUGUCAGCUGGACGCGAGACCUCAUGUGGAUGCUGCAUCUCAAGCUGCAGCAGCAGGAGGAGCUGAUGAACACCAUUGUGGAGCUGGGCGGCACUUUGCCCUUUGAGCCGACCGACGACGAGCGCCGGAUGCAGUCCGAGCUCAUGGAUGCCAUCACCAGGAACGACACGGGAUCCUUUUCCUACAGCCGCACCUCUGGCUCAGGCCUGCGUGUGCCUCAUCACACCGACUAUCGCGGUGAGCCCACUAAUGGGUUGGGUGGCAGCCUCGACUCUGUUGGCAUUACUCCCGAGGGCAGUGGCAGCGGUGGGAUGCCUGGUGAUAUCGGAGACACUGCUCAAUUCUGGCACGACCCGGAUGACGACGCCAAUGCCCCAAUGCACUUCAAAGAGGAGGACGAGUACGACAUGGACCUUACUCAGUAG